AAAGCUGUGUAUGUUAUGAGUAUUAUGUACUGGUGUCACGUGUGGCAACGAAAAUUUAUUUUACAUAUUUAGGUUUGGUGGUGGCUUGCUGGUAGUAGAUUGUUUUCUCAGUCGAGUCCCAGCGAGCAUUCGACACAGUCUACAGCGAAGUUCUAAGCUUAGCGUGAUACACAGUUACAACUAGUUACCAGUCCCCAAGAGAUCGCCAUGGCAACCGGCACAAUAAACUUGGAAAACGGGAGCAUAGAGCAAACGCGCCAGUUUUUAGAUUCAUUUGACAUCGUCUUAUCAGAUUGCGAUGGUGUCCUUUGGUUUCUUGACAAACCGGUCCCUGGCUCGGCGCAUACGCUUCGUAAACUACAGGAACUAGGCAAGCAGCUGUAUCUAAUAAGCAACAACAGUACCAUAACCAUAGAUGAAUUACGCAAGCGACUGGAUUCAUAUGGAUUAGAUAUCAAACCGAAACAAAUAAUAAACACCGCGAAAACCAUUAGCUGGUAUCUGAAGAAGAUUCAGUUCUCGGGCGAAGCUUUCGUGAUUGCUACGACACAAUUCCGACAAAUUUUAAUCGACGAUGGAUUUAAACUCGUACCACAGGAAAAAACUCAGAUCAUAGAGCAUAAACGAUACGAGGGACUAAAGGCUAUCGAAGAUGAUCCAGCUAUUAAAGCAGUGAUCGUCGAUUUCUGUUCUCUUUGUGAUUGGACAAGAUUAGCAUUAGCCAUUUCUUGCUUGGAUAGAAAAGAAGUUCUUUAUAUGUGCGGUUGUAGAGAGGAAUGGCUCGUUUAUCAUGGCAAUAAGAAAAUUUUAGGUUCUGGUCCCUUGAUCGAUCUAAUUAGCAGACAGAGCGGAAGAACGCCGUUAGAAUUUGCCAAACCUAGUGAAAAUCUAAAAGAUUAUGUUUUUAAUAUAUGCAACGUGAAAGAUCCAAGCAGAUGUUUAAUCAUCGGCGACUCGAUAGGGACAGACAUGAAAUUCGGUGCUAUGUGUGGAUUUAAAAAAUUGUUCGUCAGCACGGGCACGGACAAAAUAAACGAAGCGACGAUGAGCAACGAGUGCUGCCCAGAUUUCUAUAUUCCGAGUCUGGGGUUGUUAACCCCCCUUAUCGAUUCGCUGCAAAACGAAUCGGCGAACUAGAAAAAUCGUGUUUCUCCUGUUUCCACUUGUCCAGCGGUAGACUUUAUUUGUCCGCCGAUAUGUAACAUGCCAAAUUUAUUUUCUUUAUUAAUGAAACGUUUCCUAUGAGACAUUUCUAGCACAAUUGUUCAAGAUUUUUUGCUCAACUUUAUAACUUCUCACUUGUCAUCGAUUUUUGGUCGCUUUAGACGAUAAUAUUAAUAUCUGCGAAUGGAUAACGAAUAACUGUAAAUACGAUGCUAAUAAUCAAUGAAACGAGAUUUUAUUUAAUCGCUUCAAUUUACAUUCCCGCCGAGAAUUACUGACAAGGCGAAGGUUAAAUGAAAUAUGCUAACCCUUAUCAUAACCUCACUCGUAUCAUACUUGUUUAUGGCCGUGAUAGAAAGAACAUAUCCAAUGUGUAUAUCAUUCAGCGAAAAUUGAUGGCACGUUCGUGUAUCUUUAUCUUCAAAUUAGUGUCAUUAUCGUAAUUUCUGUAUUAGUCCAUAUAUCUAGAAACUGAAGCUUCGUGAAGAUUCUAUAUUAACAGUUCCUGACGUGAAAUACUUACAUAACGCAUAUCAAAUUAUACCAAGUAUAGGAUCAAUUAAAAUAAAGUGAAAUUAGAAAAUAAGCAUAUUAGCAAAUACAAGUACCAAUUAAUUAUUUUCUUAUCGUUAA